GGCAGAUUACGGGCCGGCAGCCAGCAAAUGGGAGGCCAUACAGCACCCUAUGACAAAAUGGAACCCACCAGCAGUGUGAGGAGACUGAAAGUGGCACAUGGCAGAGUGUGGCGAUGGAGACAGCAGCAAUGGGAGGCCGUACAGGGACCUAUGACACCACUCUGGACCUGGCAAGCAUGAGGAGGCGGUACAGUGGGCCCCCAUGGCAGAUUACGGCCUGGCAGCAAGCAAUGAGGAGACCUAUGACAAAAGUGGCAGCAGUGUGGGAGACCUGACUGAAGUGGCACAUGGAGUGUGGCGAUGGAGGCAGCAGCACCCUAUGACAAAAUGGAACCCACCAGCAGUGUGAGGAGACCUGAAAGUGGCACAU